AUGAAUAACGUUGAAUAAAUUCAAGACUAAGGUUAUAAUAUGUACCAUUUCUCUACCUGCAAGGAGAGUUAAUUUAUAGAAAAUUCUGAGUUUGAGGAUGAUGGAGUUUAUGUUCAACAGAAUGUGCAAUACAACUCUCAGAUAAGAAGUGAUUAGGGACUUAAAUAGUAAAUGACACAAGAACAAUCAUUUACCUCUUCGGAGGAAAAACAUUUAUAGGUAUUCCAUACAUAUUAAGGUAACUUUUAAAUUGGCCACUAUGUGUAAUGUGUACAAGUACAAGGAGGCACUAUCAGAAAGAAAAGUCGUAAAGAAAUUAUCUAGGAUGAUCCUUAAAUUUUUUAGCCAGAUGAAGUUGAUAAUGAUGAUCAAAUCAAGGGAGUUUAAGACUAUUUUUCGGAAAGUUCUAUCGAUAUUGAUAUUAGUGACUAAGAAGUAAGACAUUUUCAUUUUUCUUAAAAUUUUUUUAUCAAGAAUUAGAGUUAAGAUCAAUCGAGUUAAGAUCAAUAGAGUUAGGAUUCAGAUUCAGGUUUCGAUUCAGUUUCAAAUACAAAUGAUCUUGAUCCUGAUCCAAAUGGUGAUAUUUAUUCUUUUGGCUUUAAUGACACUACUCUUAAUCAUAAUAGUGAUCAUGACUCUGAAUCUGAUCCGGAUUCCGACUCUCAUUCUGAUAAUUACUAGUGGUUAAAUAUAGUGAUAGUAAUUAUUCUUCAAGUGAUGAAGAAGAAGAAUUACAUAGUGAUGAUAGAAUUAAGGGAGCAAAAAAGAAAUUUUCAUGAAAAAAAAUAUCAUAAAAUUACAAGUUACAUCUCUGUAACAUAUCCUCCUUUUUUUUGUCCUAUUUGCCAGCAGUUCCUGCCUUUGAGAACAUAGACAUACGACUGUAAUCAUAGAUUUCAUGCUCUGUGUAUAGAUUGUUGGAUAUAAAAAGGGGGAUAAACUUGUCCGAUUUGUAGAGGAAAAUUGGAAAGAAUUAAUCAAUGAUUUUUUGAUUUAUCUUUCCUGUACAAAAAUAAAUAAUCAGUUUUUAUACUAUUUAAAUAAUAUAAUCUAAAGUAGAUUAUAUUUUAAUAUUAAUCAAUUGGAUUAGUAGUAAUGAGUUUAUAUUGAUUGUAAAUAAAUUCAUUUCUUUAUUGAUACUUUGAUAUCCUUGUGAGAAUUUAGAAGAACAACUUUGAUUUUAUAAAAUAACUGUGCUUUAUAAGUCUAACUACAAAUUUAGUUCAAA